GAGCAGUCACUCACGUGAUGUGCGGGCGACUCAGCUACAACUGAAGUUAGUGACGACAGGAAGUGACCCCUGACACACGCAGACACAAGAGUUAAGAGUCGGACAUUGCUCGCUGACCCAGUUAUGGGGUCCAGAGAGCACGUGACCACCACAGCACAGUCUACACGCCAGCAGGUCAGCCCAGGCUUUGUCGCCGCGUCCACGAUGAAAGAUUCCAACAACAACGAGGCCAGUUCUCUGCUCCGUGUGAGCACCACUCUCACCACCAUCAGCCGCAAACUCACGUCACGACCAGACGAAACAGACACGGUGUCUGACCCCUCGGCCCACGUCCUCUCAGACUCUGACCUCUCGGGUCGUGACCUCUCCAGUGACCCCGGACACAAAGGUCAGGCCAUGGACGUGUCAGAGACACACACAGAUGAAGUGGACGUGGAAGAGGACACAGACGUGUCUUUGCUGGACACGUCAUCGGACAGUGACGUCACGGGGUCAGGAUGUUUGGAGGGAGAGUCUGGACGACGUCACAGUGGUCACCUGUUCCGGCCCUGGGAGAGACAAGCUCACGAUGUCACCGGGGACAAAUCCUCGGACAUAGGCGCGGCGAAGGAAAUCAAGCUCACAACCGACAUCUCUGAGACACAGCUAGACAAGAUGUCAUCCCCAGUCACCUCGCCCCGCCUCCGACAUAAGCUCCACCCACCGCCGGCCACUCCCACUGGCAAGCCCCUCCCACCUACAUCCCGCCUCCUACACUUGACUCCUCCCACUCUGCCCCACCCCUUUUUCCACCGGGAUCUCCAGCAUCAAGACACGGCAAGACAUUCUUGGAGAGAUUUCUUCUUCCCCGUCAAACCUCUCGAUCACAGAGACAGACUGUUCAAGUUCGGAUCCAGCCCCCAAAGUAUUGACAAUCUCAAACCUUCUGUUUGGGGACAAGCCACUGGAUAUUUGAACCCCAACCUCCUGUUCUCGCUAGACCCGUACAAAAGCCGUCACCUGACUUUCUGCCCCAACAGUCUCCUAGCAACGCAAAAUCCUCCAUCGUUUUUUCCGAGCAGCACGACGACAACAACAUUCCCUACCCCACCUGGACAGAGCGCCACCUCUCUCAGUGCCCUGUCAGAGUUCGCGUCCACCUUCCAACCUCACAUGACGUCACUGAGUCACGUGCUGACGUCGAACUACUUGUGUGCUCAGUGCAACAAGCCUUUCAGCACACCGCACGGUCUGGAGGUGCACGUGAGGCGCUCACACUCGGGGUCAAGACCAUACGCCUGUGAUUUUCACGGUUGUAUUUUGUUCCCUCUGUCUCCAGGGGAAAAGCCUCACAAGUGCCAACAGUGUGGCAAAGCCUUCAGCCAAUCCUCGAACCUCAUCACACACAGUCGGAAACACACGGGAUUCAAACCCUUUGCCUGCUCGCAAUGUGGCCGAGCGUUCCAGAGGAAGGUGGACCUACGCCGCCAUUUUGAGACGCAGCAUGCAAUGGGCGGAGUCCUGGGCGCGGUGGAUGUCGGGAACCUGGUCACUGCUCAAUAGAUAUACAGAAUUAUCUAAUUAUCGUUUACAUUUGCGUUGCGAAAUUGGUCGCUUUUAAACACAAGGGGGCUAUCCCGAAAAAUGCUGUUUUGAGAAAAUUGAAGUUAAAAUUUUGGGAUCAUUAUUCAGUCUUUGUAAAAGACAAGGAGAAUUUUCUCUAAAAACCUAACAAAUAUACACACCAACGAAACCAAACUUCUCCUA